GGCCGGGCCAGGGUGACCUGGCCGCUAGGCGCUGGGAAAGAAAGCAGUGGAGCAGUUCGGAACGCGGCCUCUUCAGCAGUCAGAGCCGCCAUGCUGAGUACCACGUGCCGCAGCCUCUCCCAGGCGCUGCAGAGGCCGCACGCACUGUCUGCGGUCGCCCAGAGGUGUCUGCGGGCGCCCGGGGCCAGGUCCUACGCUGACCAGAACGAGAGGGCUGAGCAGCCCCGCACCUUCCACCCGGCGCUGCUGCAGUUCCUUGUGUGUCCGCUCUCCAAGAAGCCGCUUAGAUAUGAUGCAUCGACAAAUGAACUGAUUAAUGAAGAGUUGGGAAUAGCAUAUCCAAUCAUCGAUGGGGUCCCUAAUAUGAUACCACAGGCAGCAAGGACAACACGUCAAAAGGAGAAGCAAGAAGAAACUAAGCAGCACUAGACCUUGAUUGUUGAAAGCAUAAUUACUGAGUUCCCGUAAUACUGUUUACCUUUAAUACGGAGAAGGGGGGUGGGGCAGAACAGUGAUUCUGCCUCAACCUGUUUGACUGUUCUUCCCCUGCUCUCCCUAGCAGGAUUGUUCUGAUCUGCUUUUCUGGAGGAGAAUUUCCCACAGGGCUGCAUGGGCAGACAGGCUUUGCUUUUACAGUCUGCUCUUGCCAACUACCAUGCCAAUGUGUAUCUUCCUCCACCUUUGGAACCAGAUAGGGCUUUAAGCAUAGUUAAUACAACCACAGCCAGGAUGGCUCAUGCAUUAUUAAGAGGUCUGCAGCCACAUCUGUGAAAACUACAUAUAAACCCGUUUGGUUUAUAAAACGAUCUGUUGGUCUUCUCUCUCUCAGGCUUAUGACCAAGGAGACAGGCUAUGAAGCUUUUUCAUAAAUCCUCUAUCCUUGUCUUUUGAAGAUUUCAGUGAAAUGUCUCAAUGCAGAUUAACAGCACCCAUCAUUAGCUGAGGCCUGCUUCACACACAUUCAUUUGAAAGUUAGUCGUUUGAAAUGCUGUUUAGCGUCAAGGUCGAUGAUAAGCGUAAGAACUAAGAAAACCCUGACAUUGUAAACUUGCCUUCAUUACUUUGGCACCACAUGCUUACAUCAAUAAUAAAACAAGAUGCUCACAGUCUACCACCAAACCCAGUGUGUCGGGGGUGGAAGGAUGUCUGUUUGAAUGGAUGUUUUUAUCUCAAGAGUCCGAUAGUAAGAGAAAAUGUGAAAAUCGUUUACAUAACUACAUUGUGUUCACAGAGGCAUUUAAUAUUCAGAAUAGAAUAAUUUCCCAGGAAAGUGGGGUCCCUCCAGUAGGUAAGGUCAGCAAUGGGAAGCUGGCUAUGUCCUUCUAGGUUUAGUGUUUCAGGGUACGCUCCAGUUUUUCUUGCCCUGGAAAAUUUGAUAAGUCCUCAGGCCUUUAGCCUUAGUUUUUCUAGAACUGUAACAGAAAUGAUUGAGGAUGAUAUAGUACCUACUUUAGAAGCAUAGUGUAGACAUUUUAAUUCUUACCCUAAAGAAAGGUAAGAAUUGGUUGUAAAUUUGUUUGCACACACCCCAGCCCAAGGCCUUGUGCAUGCUAGGCAAGUGUGGCGCCACUGAAAUCCUCUACCCUUGAUUUAUUAAUCUGCUUUCUCUGUAUGUUGGGUAGGGGCAUAGCAUAGGAAUGUCACAGGACAUAUUUGUGUCUCUCUUUACACCAUUGGGUGCUAGAGCCUUAACUCAGGUGGUUUAGUUGGUGGUAAAACCUUUAUCAUCCUAAUUGUCUCAAUGGCCUUUAAUUGAUUCUUAAUAAGCCAGCCUCCUAAUCUAUAAAAGAUGUGCACGAUUCUCCCUGGGAAAGAGAAAAUUAAAACCUGUCAUACAUGUUUUCUAUUAUGUUGUCAGUUUCAUCAAGUAUAAGUCACAUUCUUAUCUGUGGCAACCUAGAGCUGAACUAGAUGACCCAGUGUCUCCAUUCCUGAAGUGGACUUUUUAACCCUGAAUUUCACAUUUAACCAACUGAAGACUGUGGACAAUGUAACUCAACAGUUUUGCUCAUAAAGCUAGUGUUAAUCUGAUAAGUCAGUUGCAGCAUUUUUAGCUUAAUCAUCUGAUAAGAUGUCAGGAUGCUGACAAGUUGUCUCUAAGUCAGUAUUUAUUCUCUCAUCAAAGAAUCUACAUGUACAAGGAACCCUGGGUGCAGCUGUUGGCAUAGUACACAGUCUUUAGUCUCAGAGCCUGGAGAGGAUGGGCAAGUAAGCCUGUCAGUAUUGACCUGAACAAGGGAGUUCCGCUGAAUCCCAGUACUUGAGAGGAGCACGGGAUCAGGAAGUCAAUUAACGACAUCCUGAACUAGAGAACCCUUUAUCAAAACCCUAUCUGAGCUCAUUAGGUCACCAAGGAAGACAAGCAAGAAAAGGAAGGUGUUUCAAUGGGAGGGGCAUUAAAAGGGUACUGGGAUAAACAUGUUCAGAACACAUUAUAUACAUGAAUAAAAACAUGACGUCUAUUGUGCAUAA